AAAAAUGAUUUCUUAAUGUGUGUUCUUAAGGUUGGUGGUGUCGUUCAACCUUAGCCAUGGAGUCUCUCCCUGGAAUUCAGCACUAUCACCUCUCACUCUCUCACUCGUCACCACUACGGAGUCUUAAGUUAUUGCAUGCUUCUUCAUUUCCAACACCCAUCAGAGCUUCGUCUUCACCCUCACCCAAACAAAACGUAUCUUACAAACCCCAAACCCCGUUAACCCAACUUCUCAAAACCCUAAACCCUCUUCUCUCCCCUCUCGUCAAACCCACCUGCAUCGCCAUAGCCACCACCGCAUUCUCCUUCAUGCGCCUCCAUCCUCCUCCCGUUGCAUCGGCGCUAACACAUGCCCCUCCGCCACCCUCCUCGGCCUCGGAAAUUCUUUCCGACGAUACUGCCUCAUCGGAAAUUCUUUCCGACGAGACGGCAGCGUUGGAAACUCUCCCCGGCGACACUGCCGCAUCGGAUAUUCUCCCCGACGACACUGCCGCAUCGGAUAUUCUCCCCGACGACACUUCCACGUCGGAUAUUCUUCCCGACGACAAGGCCGCUUCGGAAACUCUCCCCGACGAGGUUGCCCCGGCGGAAACUCUCUCCGACGAGAGCGUGGCCCAAGAGCAAUUGAGCGACGACGUCGUUGAGCUUGAGUCCCUCCUACGUACAAAAAUGAGAGCCAGCGAAAUCGACGAAGCGCUCCUCGUCCUGGACCGUCUAAUUGAACUGGAACCGGAAGAGCUGGAGUAUCCGUUCGUGAAGGCGCACCUGCACCUCCUCAACGGCGAGCACGAACUCGCCUCGAUGGGGUUUGAGGAAUUGCUUCAGAGGGAUCCAUUCCACUUGGAGACGUAUCGAUGCCUGUUAAUGCUAAUUUCGGAGACGAAGGCGCCGACCGUGGAGCUUCUGAAGAAAAUCGAAGAGGCCGUGAAAGUUUGCGCGGAACAAGAG